ACCUCCCUCUUUAACUGCUCACUCCCUGUGUCUUCUGUGCUCCUUCAAUCAACAUUUGCAUGCCAGGUCAUAAGGUCUGAUUCUGACAUUCAUUACACAGGGGGUGAUUUGCCUGUCACAUAAACAGAGUAAAUCCACACCUAGUAGCACUAACCUGCAGGUGCAUUGGCAGACAGGUGAGCCAGGCAACCAAAGGCACCAUGUUCCCCGUGUUUUCAGGAAAGUUAUGUCAGUUUCUUAGCCUAACUCGGUUACCUUCUAUUCUGUUCCUUGGAGUUUUUUAUGUAGCCUAUGUCCUUGUUGGAGGGCUGGUCUUCUGGAAACUAGAAGGAUGGUAUGUGUUGCAACAGAUUGAUCUUCUCAAGGAGAAAAGAAUUAAACUACUCGAGAAGUACCCUUGUGUGGGUCAGAAUGGCCUCCGAGAACUAGCAGAGAUGAUAAAAGCAGCGUCUGUGAGUGGCUUGAGUCCAGACAGUAAUGACACCGCAGAUGGCUUCUGGAAAUUUACCAGCUCAUCUGUGUUUGCGGCGACAGUGGUCACAACUAUUGGCUAUGGUAACAUCAUUCCACUGACAACGGCUGGCCAGAUCUUCUGUGUGUUGUUUGCUCUUUUUGGCAUUCCCCUGAAUGUAGUGAUCUUAAAUAGAGUUGGAAAAUACAUGUUGGCUAUUGAGAGGAAUUUUUGCAAUUUUCUGGAGAAAAAAAUUGAUCGAGGGAAAUGUGUACGAAUAUCCAUUCACAGUAUAUCCUUCGUAAGUUCAGCGUUACUGUACUUUUUGCUUCCUAUGUUGCUCUUCAAAGAAUAUGAGGGAUGGAGUUACGCUGAAGCCAUUUACUACUGCUUUAUAACACUUAGCACUAUUGGAUUUGGAGAUUAUGUUGCAGAUCACAACCCAGCAAUAAUCUACCCAGAGUGGUACAGUUGUAUGAUGGCAGCCUGGAUAUUCUUUGGCCUGGCUUGGCUGGCUCUUCUAAUCAAUCACUCCAUUGAUUUACUGGAGACUGUGAAUGCUUACCUGAGAGGAAGGAAGGAUGCACAAAAUCAAGUGGAGGAGCCCAAAGAACAGCCGGAAAAAGGACUGAAAGUGGAAGAAACAUGAUAAUUGAAUUUAAAACAGGAGGUGUAUGAAUAAUACUGUAACUACUAAUCAUCAAACAAUGUAUGGGUAAUUAUUAAAUCAGUUAUUCAAUGUUUAAAGUAUCCUUAAAUAUUAAACUGAGCUAAAGGUCA